AUGGCCACCAAGUACGCUACCAUUGCUUCCACCUUCGGUGUUGCUGCUGGCGCCUUCGCCCUCUUCUUCUUCGGUGAAGUGCCCCGUGUGCGCAACGACAUCCUGCGCAAGGUUCCCUUCCUUGACGAGUACUUCGACCGCAGCAUCCCUGCCGAGGACAACCCGUUCUAA